UGGUUCAGGUGUGUUUCCUUGUCUACCUACAUAAGCUCACCUGGUGGACUAGUCUGCUUGUUCUGGAUAGACUGGAACUAGAUCACUGGACAUAUCACACAGGUUUGCCUGGAAAUGGCGAUCGAUGUCGGAGGGCUCGUCUCUAUUGUCGUCUUCUACCUCAUCAUUCUCGUCAUCGGGGUGUGGGCGGGGAGGAAGACGGGGUUCAGGACCAAGAACAUGAGGACUGAUGACGUCAUGUUGGCGAAUCGCUCGAUUGGUUUGUUCGUGGGCACGUUUACAAUGACAGCCACUUGGGUGGGUGGUGGUUACAUCAACGGCACCACGGAAGUUGUGGCACUGAGUGGGGGGCUGGUCUGGUGCCAGGCGCCGGUAGGAUACGCCCUGAGUCUUGUCUUCGGCGGACUUUUUUUCGCUGAAAAGUUGCGGAGUUCCGGGUUUACAACGAUGUUGGACCCCUUCCACUGGAAAUACGGAGACCUGAUGAAUUGUCUGCUCUACAUCCCAGCACUCAGUGGGGACGUCUUCUGGUCGGCCGCCAUCUUGACGGCUUUGGGGGCGUCGCUACGUGUGAUACUUGACCUUAACCUUGAGCUCGCCAUCAUUGUGUCGGCGGCCAUUGCUUGCCUCUACACGCUGAUUGGUGGACUCUACUCGGUGGCAUACACUGACGUCAUACAGCUCAUUUGCAUGUUUGUGGGGCUGUGGCUGUGUGUGCCGUUUGUACUCACGCACGAGUCCGUGUCUCCCGUCACGGCCAACAGCACACAGCUCUGGCUAGGGACGCUAACACCCGACCACGCGGCCAACUACAUCGACCUCGGUCUGCUGCUCAUCUUUGGCGGGAUCCCUUGGCAAGUAUACUGGCAGAGGGCGCUGUCAGCCAGGACUGCUGGCAUUGCCCGGGGGUUAAGUUUUCUGGGAGCUGUGGGCUGUCUUGUGAUGGCCGUCCCCUCCGUCAUCAUGGGGGCGGUAGCUGCGACAACAGACUGGAACUCGACUGGCUACGGCCGUGUGCAGAUCUCUGACUACGACCGGCCGCUGGUGCUACCUCUGGUGAUGAAACACCUGUGUCCACCUGCCGUGUCCUACAUCGGUCUUGGUGCCAUUUCUGCUGCCGUCAUGUCGUCCACAGACUCCUCUGUGCUGUCGUCUAGCAGCAUGUUCGCCAGGAAUGUUGUAGGGGUCAUCUACUCAAGGACACACGGGAGGAAGAUCUCCGAGUCGGCCCAGAUAUGGAUCAUGAGGGUGGCCCAAAUCGUCAUCACGGCCAUGGCUUGUGUCAUGGCCAUUUCCGUCGAGUCCAUCUAUGGCCUGUGGAUCUUGUGCUCAGAUUUUGUCUACGUCAUCUUGUUCCCCCAGCUGCUAUGUGUCAUGUACCUCAAGGGGACUAACUCCUACGGUUCUUUCUUAGCUUUCUUCAGUGGUCUCAUCUUGAGGCUGCUCGGGGGAGAUAACUCACUUCACAUUCCGGCUGUUAUUCACUACCCCUGGUACGACGCGACAACAAAUACCCAGUUAUUCCCCUUUAGGACUCUCUCCAUGCUUGUCUCCCUGUUUACUCUGAUUAUCUUCUCCUACCUGGCUGAGUACUUGUUCACACGAUGCCACGCCCCACUCACCUGGGACUUGUACAGGUGUUUCCAGCCACCAUCACCACUUGCCAAGUCUAACACCAAACUUGUCAGCCUAACGUGUGACGAAGGUACCGGAAGUUACGUCAGACAUCGCCUUACAGUACAUGGUGAACAUAACCUGGGGUAUUUGUCAGACGACAGAAUUACAAGCACAAAGUUGUGAUAAGUGACUUACAGAUAAAAAUACUAAAUGCUAGUCCCCAACAUUUUAUAUCCAACAUAUUCUUCAUUAAUUCUAUUAUUAUUUGUUGCAUAUUUGUUGAGUUUAUUUUUACGGAU